GCCGGCGGAGGCAGAGGGAGGCGCGCGGACGGCGAGGCGCGUCGGAGCCCGCGGGAGCUGCCUGAUCGCCGGCGGUAGGGACUGCCUGGCCCCCGCCCGCCUGCCCCUGUGGUCCCCUCCCUCACUCUGCGCGCCCCGCCCCGGCCGGCAGCCCCGGCAGACGGCAGCCCGCGGCGGGUCGCCGUGCCAGCCAAGUUGGGAUGGGGUCCCGCAGCCGCCGCCCGGCGCCCGAGAGGCCACCUGCGUGCUAGAGGCAAACUUUUGUCUCCCUCGGGUCUCUGCCACCCAGGACGAUGAGCGGCUAAGAUGGAGACGCCCGCCUCAGCCACUGCUGCAGAGAAGAAAGAAGCCAAAAGUGGGGUCCUGGAGGGCAGCGGUUUCCCCGACCCGGUCAGCAAGGCCUCUCCGCUUGCGGUGGCCGCGGCGGCGGCAGCAGCGGCCGUGGCUGCCCAAGGAGUGCCGCAGCACCUUCUGCCUCCGUUCCACGCGCCCUUGCCGAUUGACAUGAGACACCAGGAGGACAGGUAUCCUUAUGAGCCGCUCUCCGUCCACGGCGUCCCCGGGCCUCCCACCCUCAGCGGCAGCCCCGUCAUCUCCGACAUCUCCUUGAUUCGCCUUUCCCCGCACCCUGCUGGCCCUGGGGAGUCCCCCUUCAAUGCCCCCCACCCCUACGUGAGCCCCCACAUGGAGCACUACCUCCGAUCUAUGCACGGCAGCCCCACGCUCUCCAUGAUCUCCGCAGCCCGGGGCCUCAGCCCAGCCGACGUGGCCCACGAGCACCUUAAGGAGAGGGGACUGUUUGGCCUCCCGCCUCCAGGCACCAACCCCGGAGACUAUUACCACCAGGUGGCUCUCAUGGCGGGCCACCCCACGCCGUACGGGGACCUGCUGAUGCAGAGUGGGGGUGCUGCCAGUGCACCCCACCUCCACGACUACCUCAACCCAGUGGACGUGUCACGUUUCUCCAGCCCACGGGUGACCCCCCGACUGAGCCGCAAGCGGGCGCUGUCCAUCUCCCCGCUCUCGGACGCCAGCCUCGACCUGCAGCGCAUGAUUCGCACCUCUCCCAACUCACUCGUGGCCUACAUCAACAACUCCCGCAGCAGCUCGGCGGCCAGCGGCUCCUAUGGGCACCUGUCAGCCGGCACCCUCAGCCCGGCCUUCACCUUCCCCCACCCCAUCAACCCCGUGGCCUACCAGCAGAUCCUGAGCCAGCAGAGAGGCCUGGGCUCGGCCUUCGGGCACACGCCACCCCUGAUCCAGCCCUCGCCCACCUUCCUGGCCCAGCAGCCCAUGGCCCUCACCUCCAUCAAUGCCACACCCUCCCAGCUCAGCAGCAGCAGCAACUGUCUGAGCGAAGCCAGCCAGAGCAAGCCGAGCAGCGAGUCAGCUGUGAGCAGCACCGUCAACCCCACUGCCAUCCACAAGCGCAGCAAGGUCAAGACGGAAGCGGAGGGCCUGCGGCCCACCUCCCCAACCCCCCUGACGCAGGAACAGCUGGCUGACCUCAAGGAAGACCUGGACAGGGACGACUGUAAACAGGAGGCCGAGGUGGUCAUCUACGAGACCAACUGCCACUGGGAAGACUGCCCCAAGGAGUACGACACCCAGGAGCAGCUGGUGCACCACAUCAACAGCGACCACAUCCACGGGGAGAAGAAGGAGCUCGUGUGCCGCUGGCAGGCCUGCGCGCGGGAGCAGAAGCCCUUCAAGGCGCAGUACAUGCUCGUGGUGCACAUGCGGCGGCACACGGGCGAGAAGCCCCACAAGUGCACGUUCGAGGGUUGCUCCAAGGCCUACUCCCGCCUGGAGAACCUGAAGACGCACCUGCGCUCGCACACCGGGGAGAAGCCAUACGUGUGUGAGCACGAGGGCUGCAACAAGGCCUUCUCCAAUGCCUCGGACCGCGCCAAGCACCAGAACCGCACCCACUCCAACGAGAAACCCUACAUCUGCAAGAUCCCAGGCUGCACCAAGAGAUACACGGACCCCAGCUCUCUCCGGAAGCACGUGAAAACGGUCCACGGCCCCGACGCCCACGUCACCAAGAAGCAGCGGAACGACGCGCACCUCCGCGCCCCACUGCUCAAGGAGAACGGGGACAACGAGGCCAGCGCCGAGCCGGGCGGCCGGGGCUCUGAAGAUGGCGUCGAGGCCAACAGCACCAGCCAGGCUGUGGAGGGCUGCCUGUACAUCAAAGCCAUCAAGACGGAGAGCUCCGUGCUGUGUCAGUCCAGCCCCGGGGCCCAGUCGUCCUGCAGCAGCGAGCCGUCUCCCCUGGGCAGCGUCCCCAACAAUGACAGCGGGGUGGAGAUGCCAGGGCCCGGGAGCCUGGGAGACCUGACGGCACUGGACGACCCGCCCCCAGGGGCCGACGCUUCCCUGGCCGCCCCCUCCACCGGGGGCCUGCAGCUGCGCAAACACCUGACCACCGUGCACCACUUCGAGCAGCUCAAGAAGGAGAAGCUCAAGUCGCUCAAGGACUCCUGCUCCUGGGCCAGGCCAGCUCCACAUGCCCGGAACACCAAGCUGCCUCCCCUCCCGGGAAAUGGCUCUCUCCUGGAGAACUUGGGCGGCGGGGGCGGCGGGCCGGCCGGGCUGCUGCCCAACCCGCGGCUCUGCGAGCUGUCGGCCGCCGAGGUGACACUGCUGAGCCAGUGCAGGAGCGCCGCGGACAGCGCGGCCAGCACGGUCAGCUCGGCCUACACGGUGAGCCGCCGCUCCUCGGGCAUCUCCUCCCCUACUUCUCCAGCCGCCGCUCCAAGCGAGGCCUCGCCGCUUUGCGCCGGCCGCCCCACCACCAGCUCGGCCGACUCCUACGACCCUAUCUCCACCGACGCGUCGCGGCGCUCCAUCGAGGCCAGCCAGGGCGGCGGCGGCGGCGGCGCGGGCCCUGCACCUGGACGCCCGCCCCAGCAGUACCCUGCGCGCGCGCUACGCCGCGGCCACCGCGGGCCCCCGCCCACGCCCCUGCCCGGCCUGCGGGCGCGCCUGGCCCUGCUCGACGGACCCGCUCCCGCCCCCCCCGGGCUGCCCGCGCGCCUCGGCCCCCGGCGGGGCAGCGACGGCCCGGCCGGUGGCGGCUACCCGGGCGCCUUCCCCCCACAGACGGGCUCGCGGCGCGCCAGCGACCCGGGGAGGCGGCCCGAGCCACUGGCGCCCGCGCGGGUGCAGCGCUUCCACAGCGCCAGCCACGUGGGUCCGGCCGCGCCGCCACCUCCAUUGAGCCGGGAGAGGAGAGGCUUAGGCCUCCCCGGCUACGCGCGCCCCGACGGGGGACUGGCCCGCGGCGCCUACUCGCCCCGGCCGCCCAGCAUCAGCGAGAACGCCAUGAUGGAGACGGUGGCGCCGGAGGCGGAUGGCGCAGGGCCUGACGAUGAUCUGGUGCUGCCCGACGACGUGGUGCAGUACCUCAAGGCGCGGGCCAGCGGCGCCCUGGAUGAGGGCGCCCCCCAGGCGUAUCCCGCCGAAAGCGCGGGUUUCUCGGAGAACCCCAAACUGCCCAGCCCCGGGCUGCACAACCAGCGCCGAACGGUGGCCGCGGACUCCAACGUGGGCCCUGCGGCGCCCGUGCUGGGAGGCUGCCAGCUGGGCUAUGUGUCGCCCGCGGGGCUGAGCAAAAAUCACAUGCCCGUGCAGUGGAAUGAGGUGAGCUCCGGCACCGUGGACGCCCUGGCCAGCCAGGGGAAGACCCCGCCCUUUCCUCCAGGCAAUUUGGCCGUGGUGCAGCCGAAACAGGCCUUUGGCCAGUACCCAGGGUACGGUCAGCAGAGCCUACAGCCCAGCCCCGGGGGCCUGGACAGCAUGCUGCAGCCCCACAGAGGAGGCCCCUCUGGGUCUAGGGUCAGCUACCUUCAGCAGCUGCGGCAACCAGCCACAGGAGGUCAGUGCCUGGCCUUGACCGCAGCCGUGAGCGCUCCCUCCAGCUAUGGCCAUGCCCACCUCCAGCUGAGCCCCAGCACUGUGGGAGGGGCCCUGAGCCAGUUCUCUCCGUCCUGCAGCAGCAUGGUGGCCAAAUCUGGCCACCUGGGGCUCCCUCAGCAGAUGGAAAUUGCUCCCAACCAUACCACGAUGGGCAGCAGCCACAGGGAACUCGGGGUCCCCAGUUCCACCCUGGGUGGAGUGCCACCAUCCCUCCCAGCCCAGAGCUACCCACAGCCGAGCCAUCCCCUGGUGGCCCCCGUGAGCCACGAGGGCUACCGCCAGGGCCCCAACCUUCUGCCUUCCCACCAGCCUGGCUUCACGGAGCCCCCGCAAGGCCUGAUGGUGGCAGCAGGUGGAUCAAGCUAUGGCCUGGUGCAACCCCGGCCGCCCCCUGACCCCAGUCCUGCUGGCCGCCACCGUGGGGUGCGUGCCGGGCAGCAGCUGACCUAUGCCAGGGUCACCGGCCAGGCCAUGGCGGCUGGGACAGCCAGCCAGCAGACGGCAGAAGCUGUGGCCGAGGGACCCAUGGGCAGCCUGGCGUCCCUCCCUCCUCAGCCACCCCUGCAGGACGCGGGCGGACCCCAGGACCACAGCAUGCUCUACUACUAUGGCCAGAUCCACAUGUACGAGCAGAACGGAGGCCUGGAGAGCCACGUGAACUGCCAGGUCAUGCAGCCCCAGCCCUUGCCCUCGCCAGGGGUCGACCAGGUAUCCAGCACCGUGGACUCCCAGCUCCUGGAGGCCCCCCAGAUCGACUUCGAUGCCAUCAUGGAUGAUGGCGACCACUCGAGCUUGCUCUCGGGUGCCCUGAGCCCCAGUCUCCUCCACAGCUUCUCCCAGAACUCCUCCCGCCUCACCACCCCCCGGAACUCCCUGACCCUGCCCUCCAUCCCCACGGGCACCAGCAACAUGGCCGUCGGGGACAUGAGCUCCAUGCUCACCAGCCUGGCGGAGGAGAGCAAGUUCCUGCACACGAUGACCUAAGGCCCCGAGCCCCCAGCACCGAACAGACCCCAAGGAACUGCCACAUCCCAGAGACGUGGAGAUUUUGUCUGUCUUGUUUUCUUCCAAAAAAGUACUAAAUAGGUCCAAGGGAUUUUGCUAAUAGCUGGUUCAGACACAGAUGCUUUAAAGAAGGCUUACAUGCAGCCUGUCUGGUCUUUUGGAUUAUCUUUCCGGAACACUGAAAAAUAUCUCAAUAGGAAAGGAAAGGCAGGAAUGAAGAACUUGCAGUGUUUUCCAGCCUUCGGUGCUUAGAGGACCACUUUGUUCUGGCUUCUUCACCUCUGUCAUUUGGCUAAUGAGGGAUUACGUUGGCCAAGGGCUUUCCAAGUUCACAGGAGAAAGAGGGGCUGGGAACCACAUUUGGGUUUGAAUCUGAAAGCCAUACUGGAUAUUUGUUCCAUGAAGAUCAGCUGCUCAUUCUGGUACACACAAGGAAAAAAAAAUUCCUACCCUACCAGAAUUCCUCCUUGAAGCUGAAUUCUCAAGGCCUCUGAUGUCCCUUGCCAUAGUAAAAAAAGGGGGGAAAAAACUGAUUAUUCUCCCUGGAGCCAGCAUCUCUAUCCCCAUAAAGCUGUGUUUCGGACUGGCAGACUAUCCAAGUGUAUGUGAAUGAAUCAAGUAUGGAAAAGGACAGAAAAACAUAGUCUUGCUUUUGGGGCAAGCCCAGAAACUUCCCUGGCUUCUCCAGACCAUGUUUACAGUGUUUGUGCAUGCAAAAUGUAGCCCUUCCUGAAAAGAACGCUUGUUUCUCAAUACCUUGGGGCUUCUGGAGCUGCCUAGAGUGAGGGAUGGACUGAGGUGGACCUUGAGAGAGUGAGGUCCACAUGGGGCUUGACCUCCCAGGCCACCCUGACGGGCUCCCGGGAGGAGGGGGAGGUCUCCCGUUCGCCCAAUCUUCUGUUUCUCCAGUGCACCAUCUGCUCUCCCAGCUUGGGCAACUCUGGGGGCUUGAUGGCAGCAGCUCUCCAGGCUCCUCCCCAAGCAGCCUACCCUUGCCAAGCCCACACCGUGUAGGCCCCAGCAUAUUCCAGAUGCCCUUCUCUCUGCUUCUCCCUGGUCACUUGGCAGAGAACAACGACGUGCAUGGUGUUGUGGUUGGGUGGGAGAGUGAAGGGGUUAAUUCUUGGGACUCCAAGGGACCAUCAGGAAUGUUCCAGAAAUGGAAUUUGGGACUUGGCCUCAAGGAGUGAAUGGGUGCACCCUGCCCACAACACAUACAUGCACCACCCCCCACCCCCCAAACCUUUCCAUGUUGGAUUUGUGCCAGCCUUGCCAAACCAACUGCAUCACAGCUUGAUGCCAACAGUGACCUUGGCUUCAACCAGGUGCUUCUUAGGAGAGCCCGUGGGCGGGGCCAAACUCUCCCCACCUUCCCGCCCUCCCCCACACCCCUAGAGCAUCAAACACUUUGUUAGGAUCCAAAGGCAAAGCUAACUCCAGAUGACCAGCCCUGGGCCAUCUCGAAGGGUCUGGGGCUUGGCGGUGGUGUUCGUUCACUUCCUGGGAGAGGAUUUCACUAGCCAUUCUCAACCUGUAUAUAUUCUGUACAGAAGGCACCAUUCCAGAAACUACUGUAGGUGACUCACCCGGCCAAAUUUAUAUCUCCAGAACAUUUUUAGCUUUUUCUACGUGCUAUGAAUUGAGGUGACAUGCUCAACUUGUAAAUAAGUCUUUUUGUACAUUAAAAAAGUAAUUUUUUCAUAAUUUAUUUUGUC